UACGGCAAGAUGUCUCUGAGUGUAGUCAAAUCUACGCUGUCCACUCUGAAGACAUGUCAGACGGAUAUUGGAACGGGUAUGGAUAUCGUGGCAGAAGUCGCUUUGGACCUGGUAGAGGCUCAAGGUACAGAUAAUGAUCCCAACUUGAAGAAGCUGGAGCUAAUGAUGUUAGAUUGUGCCAGACUGGACACAGAGAUCAAUUGUUUUGUGGAAUCUGUUGAACAAAUUUGUUCACAGGUGGGAUCCGAACGCCCAGAAGCCAUUUUCUCAUUGAAAGAUUCUGUAAAGGAGCAGUUCACAGAGCUUAUGAGCGCAGUCUCUGACACAGAUCUGCAGCAGCAUAGCAAAGUGGUGGCCUUCAAAGGCAGCAUCAAGAAAUGUGCGCAGCAAGUCAGUCAGGCAGCAGCAGCAAGCACUGAGGAGGAGCUGGAUGAGGACAUUGCCGUUACCCAGAGUCAGACGAACUUCACCUGCCCCCUCACACAGCUUGAGAUGGUUAAUCCCAUGAAGAACAAGAAGUGUCAACAUCACUAUGAUCAAGCUGCUGCAGUGGCGAUGAUUAAGAACAAGCAUAGCAAUAAGAAGAAAUUCCGCUGUCCUGUGGUUGGAUGUGGAAACACGGAUGUGAAGCUGUCAGAUCUUGAACCAGAUCUGGUUAUGAAGAGAAUGAUUCAGAACCAUAAGAGACAGACCGGAAAAACUUAA